AUGAGCAAUCGAAAGGAUAACAGAGGCCGAAAGCCCUCCUCCAACCAACCCCACCGAGAAGGUUCCAAUAGACUAAGAGUUUCCAAUCAACCUCGUGGCUCUAACCAACCUCGUGGUUCUAAUCAAGCACGUGGCAUUGGAAAAGAAAACGUUGCCAAACUAGGUGAACCUCUCUUCGUCAUCAACAACUGUGGUGGAAACGUGGACUCUCUAAAAGGCCGCCCUGACCCCCAACCUGGUCAUGGCCUGCUGAUUUUCGAGUUCCCUGAGACCGAUCAGUUCAAGGGCUUCAACGUCCCAACUGGCACUCCUCUCCUAGAUGCCCCUGUCCCUGGAAGAGUACUUCAAGAAGGAGAAGUCAUUAUCUCUGGUAGCAGCGAAGCAUAUCGCAACCAACCUUAUGCCAAAGAAUCUAUGCGUAAGGCCGAAGAAUUUGAACGUCUGGCAGCAGAAGCUCGACGGGCUCAUCGUCAAAAUCCUGGAGCACGACCUGUGGCCAACCAAGGAAGCUCUUCGUCCCAACCACCGCCAGAGGAGAGAGAAAUUGUUGUUGCGCCACGUAUAGAGUCGGCAGCAAGGGCUGCCAUCUUUCAGCAUAGAAAGGAAAAGAAAUACGGACGCGAUGAGUGA